AAAACACGGUUCAUCUAUGCCAACAGAUAUGUGUGGUUCAGGUUCCUUCUAUAACUGAAAACUCGCCGUCAUCUUCACCUCUUCCAUAAUUGUUCACAGUGCUUCCCAUGGCUACUCUAACCUUCAAUUCCUCAAGAAUCAAAUCCCCAUCUAUCCAAUCUCUAAAAGCAAUCUCAAAAUCCCACUUUCUCACACAACCCAACAACUUAGCAUUCCUUUUUUCAUCUAAAAACCACCACCAGCUGCACCAUUUUAAACCAAACUCUGUAUCCGAAAGCUCAGUGUCGGUGCCAAAAGAAGCUUUUGACGACAGUGAAGAAGAAGACCCAACUUCAGAACUGAGUUACCUUGACCCGGAGGCCGAUCCCGCGAGUGUUACAGAGUGGGAGCUGGAUUUUUGCUCGAGGCCGAUUCUGGAUAUCAGAGGCAAGAAGAUAUGGGAACUCGUAGUGUGUGACAGCUCGCUUUCACUUCAGUAUACCAAGUAUUUCCCCAAUAAUGUUAUCAAUAGUGUUACUUUGAAAGAAGCUGUUGUUACCAUAAGUGAGGAUUUAGGUGUCCCUUUGCCAGAGAAAGUUCGGUUCUUCAGGUCUCAAAUGCAAACCAUAAUUACAAAGGCAUGUAAAGAGCUUGGCAUAAAGCCUGUUCCAAGUAAACGGUGUCUUUCACUGCUACUUUGGUUGGAAGAACGUUAUGAGAGUGUAUAUAUGCGCCAUCCUGGUUUCCAAAAAGGUUCCAAACCACUUUUGGCAUUAGAUAACCCUUUCCCAAUGGAACUUUCAGAAAACUUAUUUGGAGAAAAAUGGGCAUUUGUUCAGUUACCUUUUUCAGCCGUUCGAGAGGAUAUUUCGUCCUUGGAUAAAAGGUUUGUGUUCGGCGCUGGUUUGGAUUUGGAUUUACUAGGAAUUGAAGUAGAUGACAAUACGUUGAUUCCUGGACUUGCAGUGGCUACUUCACGUGCAAAACCAUUAGCAGCUUGGAUGAAUGGUUUGGAAGUGUGUUCCAUAGAAGCCGACACCAGUCGAGGUUGCUUGAUCCUAUCUGUCGGAAUAUCGACUCGUUACGUUUAUGCAACAUAUAAGAAAACUCCUACAACCACAAGUGAAGCUGAAGCUUGGGAAGCAGCAAAGAAGGCAUGUGGAGGAUUGCAUUUCCUCGCCAUCCAAGAAGACUUGGAUUCAGAUGAUUGUGUCGGUUUCUGGCUCCUGCUGGACUUGCCGCCACCCCCUGUAUAAUUAUGAAUCAAUAGAUGUCAUGUUACUUAUAUUUUGAUUCUAAACUUACAUUGAUUCCAAGUAAUAUUGCCAAUUAGUUUUUGCUGUCAAUUUUUC